AUGGCUGCCUCAAUGAUUCAGUUAAUAGGAUUUAUGUUGUCUGCAUUGGGGCAAUUCUUAAUAACAGCUGCAACGGCAAUGGACAUGUGGAGCUUGCAGGACCGAUCUUUUACAGUUGUAACAAAUGUUUACACAUAUUCUGGGUUAUGGAACUCGUGUGUAGGGACAUCGUACGGUACAACACAGUGCAGGCCUUAUUUUACCAUACUGGGACUGCCAGCUCUGCUCCAAGCCGUCCGGGCCUUGAUGAUUGUUGGAAUUGUUCUCGGAGCCAUCGGCUGCCUGAUCGCCAUAUUUGCACUGAAGUGCUUGAAAAUGGGGAACAUGGAGGACAACAUCAAAGCCACAAUGACUCUGACAGCCGGGAUCCUGAACCUUCUUGCAGGAGUCUGUGGCAUCGCUGGGGUGUCGGCCUUUGCCAACUUGAUUGUGCAAAGUUUUCGGUUCACAACAUAUGCCGGCAGUGGGUUCGAUACGUACGGAGGCGGUGUUGGUGGACUUACCGGAUCUCUGACUCCAAGGUACACUUUUGGCCCUGCUCUUUUCGUGGGCUGGAUCGGCGGAGCUAUCUUGGUCAUUGGAGGCGUCAUGAUGUGUCUGGCCUGCCGUGGAAUGACUCCAGAGAAAAAUCAACGGUACGAUGGGAUGGCCUACAAAGCCGCCUCUCAGCACACAAUGUACAAGUCUGACACCCGACCCCGUCCGGCCUACAAUGACUCCUACAGAGCCCAGAGUAUGGACGGAAGGCAGAACCAGAAAUUUGACUACGUGUAGAAUCAUUUCACUUUCAUAGAUACCUCUUUUUUAUAUUCUACAGCUCUGUGAUGAGUUUUUCACUUGUUUGCCUGCAUUCAUGGGAAGAGCGGUUAUUUUUUUAUUUCUCUGUACUUUAAUUUGGCAGAAAUAUGUAAGGUCUAUUUUUUUUAAUUUAGCAUCAUAUAAUCCUAAUUUUGAA